AUGUCAGUGGUACCAGAAGCCAAAACUCGUAUGAGAGAAUUGUUUGGAUCAAUCCAACGUCAAUUUGAAAGCAUUCAAAUACUUUUGCGAUGUAGCAUAUGCCUUUCAACUUUACGAGAUCCAAUUAUGUCAACUUGUAAUCAUCCCUUUUGCAGAAGUUGUUUGAUGAAAUGUUUUGAGAAAAUUCCGGCGCUUAAAUGUCCUGUUUGUAAGGCAGCGCUUAACAGAAGAAGUUGUGCAGCCAGCCCUACACUGUCAGCUUCAGUUGCUAAUUAUUUGCUGUUAGUGAAAGCAUUUAGAAAGGAUAUUGAAAACACUGAUUUUGCAAAAGAAAAUAGCUUUAUUGAAAGUCAGGUUCCACUGACGCAGGUACCCACAUUUGUUCCACCAAUGCAGGCGUCGACAUCACGACAACAGCCUUGCAGUAAACGUGAACAGAUAAGCAAGAAAAAAACAAAGAGUACAAAACGACAUCUGAAACCUUCUCUUUCGCCUGUGGAGAAAAAGCAACGCAUCAGUGAAGAAAAUUCUAAUUCGUUGAAAAGAACAAGUGUAGAAAGCCGUUCCAAAGUAUCGCAGAAAAAAAGUUACUCUGGUCUUGAGUGUGAUGCUUCAAAUGUUAAUAUUAAUUUGUUGGAAGAGAAUGAAACCAAUGUAAAAGCAUCGAACGAGGAUCAGAAGGAAGUUAAACAUGCUAAAAAUCAAACAGUUAAGAUUAAACCGCGGCUUCGAAGUAAACGAGUGAAUACUGAUGCCAUUUUAACAAGAAAUAAUGAUAAUCGUUCCUGCACAAUGAGUGCUUCUGCUGAGCUGCAUUCAUAUGUGAAUUGUAUGCUCGAAAACAAUGAUAAUCAAGAGUCGAGAAUCGAAAUUCUUCUCAAAUGUAUGCCAUGGAUUUCUAACUUCCUGAACCUGGAAACAGAAGAAUUGGUCAGUGCAAUUAAUGAAACAGGGGAGAAAUGUCAUGAUGGAAAAAUUUGUCAUGGAUACAGCAGAACAAGGCCUCCGUCUGAUUCUUAUCAUGUGUUGCACUCGAAGGGAAACAGUCAAAAAGAUUGGAGCUCAAGAGGACCGAAUUUUUCGCCAAUGAAGACAAGACGAAGUAUUCAGAAUGAAAAGGCAGUUAAUUUUUUGACGGCAUCUGGAUCGACAGUUAUAUUCAGAAUUUUGUUGCGUGAUUUCUUAAAUAAAUUUACAUCAUUCGUAUAUUGCGGAGCAAUGGAUAGAAGAUCGAAAUAUCUCAUUGUUUUUACAGAUAAUCAAUUAGUUUAUGAAUCCCGAAAAUUGGAUGUGAAUGUAAUUUACGCUUUGGCUAAUAAUUGUCAGCUUGUGUCGCAUAUUUGGUUGGAACGAUGUAUUGAGGACAAUGACAUCGCUUCUACGAGUGAUUAUCAAGUUACAUUGAAAAUGAGUGGUACUGUAAUAAAAGUCGGCACUGAAAUUCUCUCUGGUAAUCCUGCGGAGCUCUUCAUAGGAUAUACAUUUUAUGUGCCGAGCACUUUUUUUAAUUCGAAGCAAAUGAAAAGAGAAACUUUCUUGGAAAUCAUUGAAAUGACUGGUGGUGCUAUUGUAUUAUAUACAUGGCAGUUGCCAUGUAAUCGCCGUUAUAUUAUAUUUGGCCCAAAGAGUGAUGCUCGGGAUGCUGCUCGCAGAUAUGAAGAAGAUUUGGAAGUUGAAGUGCUGCAAGCAGAUUGGAUUGUUGAAUCGAUCAUUCGACGUGUUAUCCAAAGAAAAGAAAUAUUUCGUGUUAGUCGCCUUUGCUUACGUAAUCAUUAA